UUUCUUGGGUGGGUUUUUUUUUUUUCCCACCCUGCAGAUUUCUCUCUCCCGCACACCGACCUCGCUCUGUUUGGGAGAGUCAAGUGGAGGGGAGAGAGAUUUGGGGAACUCCAGGAAAACCACCAGGAGCAAGUUUCCAGGCUGAAACUGCAGCAGCGCAGGGCAGGAGGAGGAUCAGCAGCCUCCUGUGCCUGGGCUGGGCAGGACACCCAACUCGGCAGCUUCGCAGGGAUCAAGGCUCAUGCACGGACAGGGCACCGGUGCAGCCCCCUGCGCCUUGGGCGCACCCCGGCAUCGGAGCUCCACGGUGAAAAAAGUGAAUGUGUAAAACUGACGCGCAUUAUAAAGGACAUAACUCAUCAAAUUGGCCCCAAGAUGGAAGCCCUGUGUGUAAGAGCCUCCUUUCUACUGAUGUUGGCUGGAUAUGGGAUCAGUGACAAUUCGGAGAGAUUCUACACAAACUUGAGUGACGGUAUCGAUGACCUCACCACAUUUCGUGGAACAGAACCCAGCUUUCUCUUCACGACCCACAGGCCCACUUCCCCGGUGCUAGCCUCCAAUCUUUCUGCACGCAGCUAUUGUCCGCAGCAGACUAAAAUUACCGCCGCCUUCAAGUACAUUAACACUGUGAUAUCUUGUGCUAUUUUCAUCGUCGGAAUGGUGGGGAAUGCUACUCUGCUCAGGAUCAUUUACCAAAACAAGUGCAUGAGGAAUGGCCCCAAUGCACUGAUAGCCAGCCUGGCCCUUGGAGACCUUAUCUACAUUGUCAUUGAUAUCCCCAUCAAUGUGUUUAAGCUUCUUGCUCAGCGUUGGCCUUUUGAACAUAGCGACUUUGGAGUAUUUCUCUGCAAGCUUCUCCCAUUCCUGCAGAAGGCUUCCGUGGGGAUCACUGUGCUCAACCUCUGUGCUCUCAGCGUGGAUCGGUACAGAGCAGUUGCCUCUUGGAGUCGCGUUCAAGGAAUUGGGAUCCCUUUGAUCACCGCUAUUGAAAUAGUUUCCAUAUGGAUCCUCUCCUUUAUCCUGGCUAUUCCUGAAGCAAUUGGUUUUGUUAUGGUGCCCUUCGAGUACAAGGGUGAAGAACACAAAACCUGCAUGCUCAAUGCUACCACCAAGUUCAUGGAGUUUUACCGAGAUGCAAAGGACUGGUGGCUCUUUGGCUUCUAUUUCUGUGUGCCUCUAGCCUGCACUGCCAUAUUUUACACUCUGAUGACUUGCGAGAUGUUAAACAGAAGAAACGGCAGCUUGAGAAUUGCCCUCAGUGAGCAUCUUAAGCAGCGGCGUGAAGUGGCCAAGACUGUCUUCUGCCUGGUUGUGAUAUUUGCCCUUUGCUGGUUCCCUCUUCAUUUAAGCCGAAUUUUGAAGAAGACAGUGUACAAUGAAAAGGAUAUGAACCGAUGUGAAUUGCUCAGUUUCCUGUUGCUCCUGGAUUACAUCAGUAUUAACUUGGCAACCAUGAACUCGUGUAUAAACCCAAUAGCCCUCUAUUUUGUCAGCAAGAAGUUUAAAAACUGUUUCCAGUCCUGCCUCUGCUGUUGCUGCUACCAGUCUAAAAGUCUAAUGACCUCAGUCCCAAUGAAUGGAACAAGCAUUCAGUGGAAAAACCAUGAACAAAACAACCACAACACAGAUAGAAGCAGUCAUAAAGACAGUAUAAAUUGAAGCUCUGAAAGGACGCUCACAGUACUUCAAAUCUCCCGAAGAAUCAUCCCAUUGCAGCAGUUUCAACAGGAAUUGAUGGAUUAUCUAUGCUCUGAUCUCCCUUCCAAAAGAAAAGACUUUGAAGUGAUCACAGAAGGACUGGCUGUGCAUUUAAGAUUUGUGAAUCUGAUUGCUUCUGACUGAUAUGCGUUCUCUGGAGAUUCUAUUUAGCUUUUUGGGAAAAAUGGAAAGUAUUGACUUAGCAGUGAAACUGUAAGAGUAGUGGCUGCCCUAGGGUGGAAUUAACAUUGCCCAGAGGUUCAUCUUUUGAGUCGACUGUUCAGCGAGAAUUUGUUAGGUAUAGAGUUUUGGAGAGAGUGCUGUGAGUCAUAUAUCGUAACUUCAUCCUAUUCUAGAUUAAAAAGAAAAAUCACUUAAUGGGGUGAUGACAUUUUUCCUUAUAAAAAACACAUUUAGUAUGGGUUGAAGCCAUAUUUUGAAAUGUCAGCCUAAACCAAUGUUUUACAAAAGUGCUUAUCAUAAUAGUCUAGUAAUCAGCUGGCCUUAUUUACACUCUAGGGGAACAAUUAGAAGGUUAGCACUUCACAAGUCAAGGUUUUAUUUAUAAAACAUUUUUAUUUAUAAAAACGUGCAUCUGAAAUGGCAUCAAAUUUAGGCACUUACCAACAUAGAGUGAUACCAACAAGAAGGUAUUAUAAUGUGCAAUUAUUCUAAGUAUUUUAAAAGAAACAUAUAUUUUUGUAAAAAAAAGUGUAGUCUUUUGUUAAAGGGGAUCUUGAACAUCUUUGUAAUCUACCUGUCAUGUUGAUUGAUAAUCCAUGCUCUUCAUAAGCCUGUGCUCUACAGGUGUAUCUAUUUCUAAUUUUAAAUGGACAGCAUGUGUUAGGAUGAACAGGCUUACAAAAUAUCCUAAACCAUUCCUGAUAAUUUCACAGAUGAUCAUUAAUGUAAAACCUAGAGCACAAAGAGUGUCUGGAAGAACGGGAAUGGACAGUUUAAAUUAACUUUUUGAAACUUUCAUUGCGGUUUCAUAUCUAACCAUCAAUAUAAAAAGCCUAUUGCUAAUAAAAACUGUAGAAACUUAUGUUUUGAUACAAGUAAGCAUAUGACUUAGCUUUCUCUUAAUUAUUCUCAAAAUAAGGCUAGAUGGCAGGUAUUAUUGUUCAGCAUUACAUUUUUUGUAUAGGAAGCAUUAUACCAAAUAGUGGGCUGAAGUUUAUCAGUGUAUUGUAUAUCCACUGUAGGAUUCUGCCAUGAGAUUCAUAGCGUUUGUCCCGUCAGGCUGAAAGAGCAUAGCUCCAACUUCACUCUGAAAUUCUUCACCUCUGCUUCAGGAAUAAAAAUUCAAAACCGUCACCUAAUUCACAAGGUCAACUUUUCAAAGUGCCUACAGUGGCUUCCACUACACAACUUUACAGAUGUUUACAGUAUGUACACAACAAAGAAAGUCUUUUAGUGUAUAUAAAAAUACCCUCUGUAAAUUGCUCUCUUGUUUUUGUUGUUUAAACCUCUAUAGUAUGUGUGUGUGCAUAUACUAUAUAUAUGCAUGUGUGUGGUGAUAUAUGAAUAUAAUCGAAUAGUACUGCUCAGUAGUAGUGGCAAAGAGCAUACUAUAAGUGGGAUCAAGAUGAUGUUAAUCACAGCUGCCUUACUGGGUCAGGCCUGCCCCAGUCAGAAGCAUCCUGGUUCACGGUUCUAAUUUCCACAUAACCAUAAAAAAUGUUGAUAUUAGAAUACAUGACAUCCAGGCCGAAUGACCGCAAGCCGUGACGUAGGGCAGGGAUGAGCCGAAAAGCGAGAGCGUUUCUAUUUUUUUGGCAUGCACAUAGUAGAUGUGAUAAAUACAUUAUAAUUCAACAACCACAAUGCAGUGUGAUCAAGGAGAAGCGGAGGAUCUGUUUUUCGACGAAGGCCAGUUCGGAAGUACCACUUCAUUGAGGAAGGACUAAACCAGUUUAUGAUGCUGCAUUGGAAUUCACUGUGAGCACAAUGUGUAAUCUAAGGCCUGCGAAGUAAAUGGACAAGGUGUUCGCUACUUAAAGAAACCAAGUUCCCCAUCCUGUCAGUUCAAGGGGUAACAGUCAUAUUCCAUUAUUUAUUGGUACAUCACGUAUGCCCGGUAUAAUCCAAAGUAAUAUGUCCGUUUCGUUUAGAUGAAACAUACCUAGAAAAAAGUACUCUGUUUUUUUGCAAUUGGACAGAAUAUGUUUCAAGAAUGCAGAAAGGCAUUCUGGUCACAAAAAAUAACUGCACAAGUUUGUGUGUGUGUGUGUUUGUGUAUUUUAAUAGAUCACAAGACAUAACAGACAUGACUUCUCUCUAGAGUCGUUUUCAAAGUAUUUCCUAUCUCAACAGAAAGUUGAAUUCCUGAAAACCUGAUCCCAGAAUCCAAGGCUCUGCAAUGGAAGUGACCCCAGAAAUGUAAAAUAAAAAAGUUACACAGUAA